AAGAGUCGAAAUGCAGAGAAUUUCCUCUUUCCAUCGCUUUCCUUCCCUUUCCGCAAUACUACAGUAUUUCAUGAAGAAACCGUGUUUUCUCUCUCUCUCACUUGCAAUCCAUGUAUAAAUACUUGUCGAGACGUUCAAAAGUCAGGCAGGCAGGCGGGUAUACAAGACCUGAAGUGUUGUUUCUUUAAAGAAGAUCUGGUCACUUUCAAUGGAGAACAACAACAAUAGCAGAUGCAGGGAUGGGGAUGGGGAUCGUGGGUGUGUAGGGUUUCCAGCUCACAGCCAGGUUAUAAAGAUCAAGCAAGAAUUCGAAAAAAUCAAGCAUACAUCUCCGCAGCAGCUAGAGAAGAGAGGGGUUAUAAGAUGCAGGAUCUAUGGGCAGCGAUCACGUUCGCCUCUGGGUCUAGCCGAGAGACCCAUCUCAGUAGGCAACUAAGUUGUAACAGAGAGUUCAUCAGAAUAACAUGAAAAUGGAAGAUCGUGCUCUGUUGUGCAUAAAGCUAGGCAGGAAGCUAGUGUUAAUUAGUUCUAGGAAUCAAAAUAACAAAAUCACUUCCUUGUGUGUGACUUGGAUUUUGUCAAGCACCCAGCUGCUGCUGUGCAUAUCUUUGAUGUUAUAUGACAAGGCUAGGGACCUCGAGGAAAGCUUUAAUUUCCUAA